AUGAUCCUGGUUUUUUUAUCUUGUCUGAUUUUCUCUUACCUCACCUUUUCCUUGUUAAAAAUCUGGGGGAAAAUGACGGACAUCAAGGCAGUCACAGAGAAAUCAGAGGCAAACUUCGUCCCAAGUCAGGAGCCUUUUCCAGCCUCUGACAGCUCAGAAGAGCCACUGCAGAAAAAUGGCGACAGCAGCUCUCUGCCAGAGACUCCUAACCAGGCUGAGCUGGCCUCUCACAAAGGUCCCAAAGACGCUUGUCAGCAAAGAACCUCCAAACCACCCCUACAUCGGAAUCCCCCAAGAAACUCUGUUUCCUCCAGUGAUGACGCCCCAGCCAAUGGAACAGGCACCCAAGGCCUCGAGGCUCUGGAUACCAGUGGUCUGUCCUCACCAGCCAGGUCCCAGGGCCAGCGAGCCAGACCCCUCUCCGCAGAAGACAAGAAGCAGGCACACAUCAAGAGGCAGCUGAUGACCAACUUCAUCCUGGGCUCCUUUGAUGACAACUCCUCUGAUGAGGACCCUGGCCCUGGCUCCUUCGGAGAAUCUUCCCGCAGAGGCAGCCGGGCCAGCCUGGGAGCCCUGUCCCUGGAGGCUGCUCUGACAUCAGGCGACUCCGAGACCCCUGCCCCCACUAUAAGACCCAGUAUGUCGGGACUCCACCUGGUGAAGAGGGGCCGAGAACAGAGGAAGGUGGAUCUACAGAGAGACUUCACCGUAGCUUCUCCAGCCGAGUUUGUCACACGCUUUGGGGGGAAUCAGGUCAUUGAGAAGGUGCUCAUCGCCAACAAUGGCAUCGCUGCCGUGAAGUGUAUGCGUUCCAUCCGCAGGUGGUCCUACGAAAUGUUUCGAAAUGAGCGGGCCAUUCGGUUUGUAGUCAUGGUGACUCCAGAGGACCUCAAGGCCAAUGCAGAGUAUAUCAAGAUGGCAGAUCAGUACGUCCCUGUCCCAGGAGGGCCCAACAACAACAAUUAUGCCAACGUGGAGCUGAUUGUGGACAUUGCCAAGAGAAUCCCCGUGCAGGCGGUGUGGGCUGGCUGGGGCCAUGCUUCUGAAAACCCCAAACUUCCGGAGCUCCUGUGCAAGUACAAGAUUGCUUUCUUAGGCCCUCCCAGUGAGGCCAUGUGGGCCCUGGGAGAUAAGAUCGCCUCUACCAUCGUGGCCCAGACGCUGCAGAUUCCCACACUGCCCUGGAGUGGAAGUGGUCUGACAGUGAAGUGGGAAAAAGAUGGUCUGCAGCAGGAAAAAACAAUCAGUGUCCCAGAAGACAUUUACAACCAGGGUUGUGUGAAAGACGUAGAUGAAGGCUUGGAGGCAGCAGAAAAAAUUGGUUUUCCAUUGAUGAUCAAAGCUUCUGAAGGCGGUGGAGGGAAAGGAAUCCGAAAAGUGGAGAGUGCUGAGGACUUCCCAGUCCUCUUCAGACAAGUGCAGAGUGAGAUCCCGGGCUCCCCCAUCUUUCUCAUGAAGCUGGCCCAGCGCGCCCGUCACCUGGAGGUCCAGAUCCUCGCAGACCAGUAUGGGAACGCCGUGUCCCUGUUUGGGCGAGACUGCUCCAUCCAGCGGCGACAUCAGAAAAUCAUCGAGGAGGCACCUGCCACCAUUGCUAAACCUGCUGUGUUCGAGUUCAUGGAGCAGUGUGCUGUCCUCUUGGCCAAGACGGUGGGCUACGUGAGCGCAGGCACAGUUGAAUAUCUCUACAGCCAGGAUGGCAGCUUCCACUUCUUGGAGCUGAAUCCCCGCCUGCAGGUGGAACACCCCUGCACAGAAAUGAUCGCUGAUGUGAAUCUGCCGGCUGCCCAGCUACAGAUUGCCAUGGGUGUGCCACUGCACCGGCUGAAGGAUAUCCGACUUUUGUACGGAGAGUCGCCAUGGGGGGUGACGCCUAUUUCUUUUGAAACUCCUUCCCACCCUCCGCUCGUCCGAGGCCACGUCAUUGCAGCCAGAAUCACCAGUGAAAACCCAGAUGAGGGGUUUAAGCCGAGCUCUGGAACAGUCCAGGAAUUGAAUUUUCGCAGCAGCAAGAAUGUGUGGGGUUAUUUCAGCGUGGCUGCUGCUGGUGGCUUACAUGAGUUUGCUGAUUCCCAGUUCGGUCACUGUUUCUCUUGGGGAGAGAACCGGGAAGAGGCCAUUUCGAACAUGGUGGUGGCUUUGAAGGAACUGUCCAUCCGAGGUGACUUCAGAACGACUGUGGAAUAUCUCAUUAACCUCCUGGAGACCGAGAGCUUCCAGAACAACGACAUCGACACUGGGUGGCUGGAUCAUCUCAUCGCUGAGAAAGUGCAGGCCGAGAAGCCAGAUAUCAUGCUUGCGGUGGUGUGCGGAGCCUUGAACGUGGCUGAUGCGAAGUUCAGAACCUGCAUGACAGAUUUCUUACACUCGCUGGAAAGGGGCCAGGUCCUCCCUGCGGAUUCCCUCCUGAACACUGUGGAUGUGGAAUUAAUUUACGGAGGCAUUAAAUACAUUCUCAAGGUGGCCCGGCAGUCUCUGACCAUGUUUGUCCUCAUCAUGAAUGGCUGUCACAUCGAGAUCGAUGCCCACUGGCUAAACGAUGGCGGGCUUUUGCUGUCCUACAAUGGCAGCAGCUACACAACCUACAUGAAAGAAGAGAUCAACAGUUACUGGAUUACCAUUGGCAACAAGAUGUGUGUAUUUGAGAAGGAGAAUGAUCCCACGGUCCUGAGAUCCCCCUCAGCUGGGAAGCUGGUUCAGUACAUGGUGGAGGAUGGGGGCCACGUGGAGGCUGGGGACAGCUAUGCCGAGAUGGAGGUGAUGAAGAUGAUCAUGGCCCUGAAUGUGCAGGAAAGUGGCCAUGUGAAGUAUAUCAAGCGCCCGGGAGCCGUGCUGGAAGCAGGCUGUGUGGUGGCCAAGCUGGAGCUUGAUGACCCUUCUAAAGUGCGCCCGGCUGAGCCGUUCACAGGAGAGCUCCCUUCCCAGCAAACUCUGCCCAUCAUUGGGGAGAAGCUGCACCAGGUCUUCCACAGCGUCUUGGAGAACCUGACUAACAUCAUGAGCGGCUACUGUCUGCCAGAGCCUAUUUUUAGCAUAAAGCUGAAGGAGUGGGUGCAGAAGCUCAUGGCGACUCUCCGACACCCAUCACUGCCGCUGCUAGAGCUGCAAGAGAUCAUGACCAGCGUGUCAGGCCGCAUCCCCGCCUCCGUGGAGAAGUCGGUCCGCAGGGUGAUGGCCCAGUAUGCCAGCAACAUCACCUCAGUGCUGUGCCAGUUCCCCAGCCAGCAGAUAGCCGCCAUCCUGGACUGCCACGCAGCCACCCUGCAACGGAAGGCUGACCGGGAGGUCUUCUUUAUGAACACCCAGAGCAUCGUGCAAUUGGUUCAGAGAUACCGUAGUGGGACCCCUGGCUACAUGAAGGCAGUGGUGUUGGAUCUUCUGCGAAGAUAUUUACAAGUUGAGCACCAUUUCCAACAAGCCCACUACGACAAGUGUGUGAUAAACCUCAGGGAACAGCUGAAGCCAGAUAUGUCCCAGGUGCUGGACUGCAUCUUCUCUCAUGCGCAGGUGGCUAAGAAGAACCAGCUGGUGAUCAUGUUGAUUGAUGAGCUCUGUGGCCCAGACCCUUCCUUGUCAGAGGAACUGACCUCCAUCCUCAAUGACCUCACUCAGCUGAGCAAGAGUGAGCAUUGCAAAGUGGCCCUCAGAGCCAGACAGAUCCUGAUUGCCUCCCACCUCCCCUCCUAUGAGCUGAGGCACAACCAGGUGGAGUCCAUUUUCCUGUCUGCCAUUGACAUGUACGGCCACCAGUUCUGCCCAGACAACCUCAAGAAAUUAAUACUCUCAGAAACGACCAUAUUUGAUGUCCUGCCCACUUUCUUCUAUCACACUAACAAAGUGGUCUGCAUGGCAUCUUUGGAGGUGUAUGUGCGGAGGGCCUACAUCGCCUAUGAGUUAAACAGCCUGCAGCACCGGCAGCUCCCGGAUGGCACCUGUGUGGUGGAAUUCCAGUUCAUGCUGCCCUCCUCCCACCCAAACCGGAUAGCCAUGCCCAUCAAUGUCACCAACCCCGACCUGCUGAGGCACAGCACCGAGCUCUUCAUGGACAGUGGCUUCUCCCCUCUGUGCCAGCGGCUGGGGGCCAUGGUCGCCUUCAGGAGAUUCGAGGAAUUCACCAGGAACUUCGACGAAGUCAUCUCCUGCUUUGCCAAUGUGCUCACAGACACCCCCAUCUUCAGCAAGGCCCAAACUUCUUUGUACUCUGAGGAUGAUGGCAAAAACCUGAGAGAAGAGCCAAUCCAUAUCUUGAACGUGGCCAUCCAGUAUGCGGACCACCUGGAAGAUGAGAAGCUGGUACCGAUUUUGCGGACGUUCGUACAGUCCAAGAAAAACAUCCUUGUGGAUUACGGACUCCGAAGAAUCACGUUCUUGAUCGCCCAAGAGAAAGAAUUUCCCAAGUUUUUCACAUUCAGAGCAAGAGAUGAGUUUGCAGAAGAUCGCAUUUACCGUCACCUGGAGCCCGCCCUGGCCUUCCAGCUGGAGCUUAGCCGGAUGCGCAAUUUUGAUCUGAAGGCCGUGCCCUGUGCCAACCACAAGAUGCAUCUUUACGUGGGCGCUGCCAAGGUGAAGGAAGGUGCAGAAGUGACAGACCACAGGUUCUUCAUCCGCGCCAUCAUCAGGCACUCAGACCUGAUUACAAAGGAAGCCUCCUUCGAGUACCUGCAGAACGAGGGUGAGCGGCUGCUCCUGGAGGCCAUGGACGAGCUGGAGGUGGCGUUCAACAACACCAGCGUGCGCACUGACUGCAACCACAUCUUCCUCAACUUCGUGCCCACUGUCAUCAUGGACCCCUAUAAGAUUGAGGAGUCGGUGCGUUCCAUGGUUAUGCGCUAUGGCAGCCGGUUGUGGAAACUCCGCGUGCUACAGGCUGAGGUCAAGAUCAACAUUCGCCAGACCACCACCGGAGGUGUCAUUCCCAUCCGCCUGUUCCUCACGAAUGAGUCAGGCUACUACCUGGAUAUCAGCCUCUACAAAGAAGUCACCGACCCCAGAUCUGGAAAUAUCAUGUUUCACUCCUUUGGCAACAAACAAGGGCCUCAGCACGGAAUGCUGAUCAAUACUCCCUAUGUCACCAAGGAUCUGCUUCAGGCCAAGCGAUUCCAGGCCCAGUCCUUGGGAACCACCUAUGUGUACGACUUCCCAGAAAUGUUCAGGCAGGCUCUCUUUAAACUGUGGGGCUCCCCAGACAAGUACCCGCAAGAUAUCCUGACAUACACUGAACUCGUACUGGACCCUCAGGGCCAGCUGGUGGAAAUGAACCGACUUCCUGGAGGAAAUGAGGUGGGCAUGGUGGCCUUCAAAAUGAGGUUUAAGACCCGAGAGUAUCCAGAAGGGCGGGACGUGAUCAUCAUUAGCAAUGAUAUCACCUUCCGCAUCGGAUCCUUUGGCCUACGAGAGGACCUUCUGUACCUGCGGGCCUCUGAGAUGGCCCGGGCAGAGGGUAUCCCCAAAAUCUACCUCGCAGCCAACAGUGGGGCCCGUAUCGGUCUUGCAGAGGAAAUCAAACACAUGUUCCAGGUGGCUUGGGUGAGCCCAGAAGACCCCCACAAAGGAUUUAAAUACCUGUACCUGACCCCUCAAGACUACACCAAAAUCAGCUCCCUGAACUCCGUCCAUUGUAAACACAUAGAAGAAGAAGGAGAAUCCAGGUAUGUCAUCACAGAUAUCAUUGGGAAGGAUGAUGAACUGGGCGUGGAGAACCUGCGGGGUUCAGGCACAAUUGCUGGGGAGUCCUCCCUGGCUUAUGAAGAGAUUAUCACCAUUAGCUUGGUGACCUGCCGAGCCCUUGGGAUCGGGGCCUACUUGGUGAGGCUGGGCCAGCGAGUGAUCCAAGUGGAAAACUCCCACAUCAUCUUGACAGGAGCCAGUGCUCUCAACAAGGUCCUAGGCAGAGAUGUUUACACAUCCAACAACCAGCUGGGUGGCGUGCAGAUCAUGUAUUACAAUGGCAUCUCCCACGUCACUGUGCCGGACGACUUCGAGGGCGUUUAUACCAUCCUGGAGUGGCUGUCCUAUAUGCCAAAGGAUAAUCACAGUCCGGUCCCUAUCAUCACACCCACUGACCCCAUUGACAGAGAAAUCGAAUUCCUGCCAUCCAGAGCUUCCUACGACCCCCGGUGGAUGCUUGCAGGAAGGCCUCACCCAACUCUAAAGGGAUCCUGGCAGAGUGGAUUUUUCGACCACGGCAGUUUCAGAGAAAUCCUGGCACCCUGGGCCCAGACUGUGGUGACGGGACGAGCAAGGCUUGGGGGGAUCCCUGUUGGAGUAAUUUCUGUGGAGACACGGACGGUGGAGGUGGCGGUGCCCGCGGACCCUGCCAACCUGGAUUCUGAGGCCAAGAUAAUCCAGCAGGCAGGCCAGGUGUGGUUCCCGGACUCAGCCUACAAAACGGCCCAGGUCAUCAAGGAUUUCAACCGGGAGAAGUUGCCCCUGAUGAUCUUCGCUAACUGGAGAGGUUUCUCUGGUGGUAUGAAAGACAUGUACGACCAGGUGCUGAAGUUUGGAGCCUACAUCGUGGAUGGCCUCAGGCAAUACAAACAGCCAAUCCUCAUCUACAUCCCACCCUAUGCUGAGCUCAGAGGAGGCUCCUGGGCGGUCCUAGACUCCACCAUCAACCCCCUGUGCAUAGAAAUGUAUGCGGACAAAGAAAGCAGGGGGAGUGUUCUGGAGCCAGAGGGAACAGUGGAGAUUAAGUUCCGAAAGAAAGACCUGUUAAAGGCCAUGAGAAGGAUCGACCCGACUUACAAGAAGCUUGUGGAACAGCUAGGAAUGUCCGAGCUCUCCGACAAGGACCGCAAGGACCUGGAGAGCCAGCUGAAGGCCCGGGAGGACCUGCUACUUCCCAUAUACCACCAGGUGGCGGUACAGUUCGCCGACCUCCACGAUACGCCUGGCAGGAUGCUGGAGAAAGGCGUCAUCUCUGACAUUCUGGAAUGGAAGACUUCAAGAUCCUUCCUGUACUGGCGCCUGCGCCGCCUCCUGCUGGAGGAUCAGGUCAAGCAGGAGAUCCUGCAGAUCAGCAGCGAGCUGAGCCAUGUGCACAUCCAGUCCAUGCUGCGCCGCUGGUUCAUGGAGACAGAGGGGGCCGUCAAGGCCUACCUGUGGGACAACAAUCAGAUGGUGGUGCAGUGGCUGGAGCAGCACUGGCAGGUGGAGGAUGGCCUGCACUCCACCAUCCGAGAAAACAUCAAGUACCUGAAGCGAGACUCUGCCCUUAAGACCAUCCGAGGCCUGGUCCAGGAAAACCCUGAGGUAGCCCUGGACUGCAUGAUGCACAUGAGCCAGCACAUCAGCCCGGCCGAGCGGGCCCAAGUCGCUCACCUCCUGUCCACCAUGGACAGUCCGGCCUCCACCUGACCCCUGCUCACCCGGCCACUUGCAGGACCAUGGGCAAGACAAACCACACUGAUCUGCUGACCGCAAACCCUCACCAAGACCUUGAGGGUUUACUUUUUAAAAAAAAAUUCCUGGACAUUUCUGCAGGGCUACUGGCUCCCAACUCAUUCCUGUCUCAAUAAACAGCUCAGGAAUAAACAGCCCCCUUCCAAGCAGAAAGAGCCUUUUCUCCAUCAUCAGGAAGUUUGUUUCGUCUCUUAAGACAUUUUUGCUGCAUCGCUGAAUUGAAUUGAGCCCAAACACCCGUUUCCUUUUCCUUCCCAGUGCCUGGCCUGGCAUGCAGGACCCAGGUGUCUUUUUCAACCCGUUUUAUAUCAGAUCAUGGAAUCAUUUAUUUUUUUACUCUGAGACCAGCUCUUGCGGUAAGCAUCUUCUGUUUCAGCAGAAUAAAGAGGCCAAGGAAAGACAUAUAGAGACAAGACGAGGAAAAGAAACCUGUUUUUGUAAUGAUAAUAUCUGGAGGCUAUCAAGUCACCCAGGAAAGAAUAUGAAUGAUUUUUUUAUAAGGGUAAUAAAAUGGUAUUUUAUCCUCCAGAUGGCCCCUAGUGAAUCACUAGGAAUAUCCCAUUGGCAGGCCAUGCUUAGCGCUCGUCAGCGAAGAUUCUCUUUUCGAGAGAGGGAAAGCAAAAUGACAAAAUUAUUUGGCCUUAAGUUCCAGCGCAUUGGGAGAUCUCUUCCGCGAGACUCAUAGCCCUCUGCCUGCCCUUUCCCCUCUGAGGACAAUAAGGACUAGCCUCUCCCCCACUAUAGGAUUGGGCACCCUCCUGGCCUCUUGAGAGAGAAAAAAGGAGGGCAAGCCCUCCCCAAACCCACAGCCUAGCCUACUGACGAGCUUCACUGCUGUGACUGCCACUACCCCUUGGAGGUCGCCUUCAAGUCGCCGUCACUCCCUCACCUGUCGCCUUGAUGUCCAUGGCCGGAUCCGGCUUCGAGGGCAGAGCCAUUGGUUUCUAAGGACUGGCCCACAAGUACCACACCAGUUUGCUCAGGGAGGCCUUUUCGACACUGCCACCAGCACCCAGCCCUAAAGGCUGCACAGCAUCAGGGCCUGCCAUCCUCCCGGCCCUGCCCAUCAGUCCCUGGGUGCCAGUGAUAGGAGGAGCUGGCCACCCGCCACUGUGUUGAUGGGCAGUUGUCUGAGGACACCCAACGUUACGCCCGGCCAAUUUGGAGGUCAGUGAUGAGGCCGACAAGGUUGCCUAGGGAAGCCCCCACAAGCUGGAUGCUUGAGGAAAUAGUCUGGCCGUCAGCCACUGACAGCCCUGGCAAGUGAAGGUGGUGUGGGGCUGCGAGGGGUGGGAGAAAGAAUGAAUUAUCUGUUGUCCCAUCCUGAGGCCAGUGGAGGGAAAUCCAUGCUGCUUUGGGGACAGUGUUUUCUGGGUGUGGAAGCCCCCCUUGGUUCUAGAGGGAAAGACCAGUCGAUGACUAGCUGCUACCCAGGAACGGUGGGCAGAAAAACCUACCAGGAGAUGUGUGGAAUAAAUUAUUUUUUAAAGGAA